ACCAAAGCGCUUCAGUGAGCGCUUGCCGCCGCCCAGCCUCUCCUCGCGCGCCUCCUAGCUCUUCGCAGAGCUACUAGGAGCUAGGAGUGGUUCAGAAACUGAGGGUAGGAAGAUCGAGUCUGUCUGGCUUUUCCCUGUCUUGCAUCUUUUCCCUCUCUYCUUCCCACUCUGUGCGAGAAGUGUGUGAGCUAUGGAGCGAAGAGCCUGGACUCUGCAGUGCGCUGUUUUCGCCCUCUUGUGCKCUUGGUGUGCUUUAAAUAGUGCAAAAGCGAAAAGGCAAUUUGUCAAUGAAUGGGCGGCGGAGAUCCCCGGGGGCCCAGAGGCAGCCUCGGCCAUCGCAGAGGAGCUGGGCUAUGACCUUUUGGGUCAGAUUGGAUCACUUGAAAAUCACUACUUAUUCAAGCAUAAAAACCAUCCCCGAAGGUCUCGAAGAAGUGCCCUUCAUAUCACUAAGAGAUUAUCUGAUGAUGAUCGGGUGAUAUGGGCUGAACAACAGUAUGAAAAAGAAAGAAUUAAACGUUCAGCUUUAAGAGAUUCAGCACUAAAUCUCUUCAAUGACCCGAUGUGGAAUCAGCAGUGGUAUUUGCAAGAUACCAGGAUGACUGCAGCUCUGCCCAAGCUGGAUCUUCAUGUGAUACCUGUUUGGCAAAAAGGCAUUACAGGCAAAGGAGUUGUUAUCACUGUACUGGAUGAUGGCUUGGAGUGGAAUCACACCGACAUUUAUGCCAAUUAUGAUCCAGAGGCUAGCUAUGAUUUUAAUGAUAAUGAUCAUGAUCCAUUUCCCCGAUAUGAUCCCACAAAUGAAAACAAACAUGGGACCAGAUGCGCAGGAGAAAUUGCCAUGCAAGCAAAUAAUUACAAGUGCGGGGUUGGAGUUGCAUACAAUUCCAAAGUCGGAGGCAUAAGAAUGCUGGAUGGYAUUGUGACUGAUGCUAUUGAGGCCAGUUCAAUUGGAUUCAACCCUGGACAUGUGGAUAUUUACAGUGCAAGCUGGGGCCCUAAUGAUGAUGGGAAAACCGUGGAGGGUCCUGGCAGAUUAGCCCAGAAGGCUUUUGAAUAUGGUGUCAAGCAGGGGAGACAAGGGAAGGGCUCCAUCUUCGUCUGGGCUUCUGGGAAUGGGGGGCGUCAGGGAGAUAACUGUGACUGUGAUGGCUACACGGACAGCAUCUACACCAUCUCCAUCAGCAGUGCUUCACAGCAAGGCCUAUCGCCCUGGUACGCUGAGAAGUGCUCCUCCACRCUGGCUACCUCCUACAGCAGCGGGGAUUACACUGACCAGCGAAUCACAAGUGCUGACCUGCAUAACGACUGCACUGAGACCCACACGGGCACCUCUGCCUCUGCACCUCUGGCUGCUGGCAUUUUCGCUCUGGCCUUGGAAGCAAACCCAAAUCUCACCUGGAGAGAUAUGCAGCACUUGGUUGUCUGGACCUCUGAAUAUGACCCAUUGGCCAAUAACCCUGGAUGGAAAAAGAAUGGAGCAGGCUUGAUGGUGAAYAGUCGAUUUGGAUUUGGUUUGCUAAAUGCCAAAGCUCUGGUGGAUUUAGCKGAUCCUGGGACCUGGAGCAGUGUGCCUGAGAAGAAGGAAUGUGUUGUAAAAGACAAUGACUUUGAGCCCAGAGCCCUGCAAGCUAAUGGAGAAGUUAUCAUUGAAAUUCCAACAAGAGCUUGUGAAGGACAAGAAAAUGCUAUCAAGUCCCUGGAGCACGUGCAAUUUGAAGCAACAAUUGAAUAUUCCCGUAGAGGAGACCUUCAUGUCACACUAACUUCUGCUGCUGGAACUAGCACAGUAUUGUUGGCUGAAAGAGAGCGGGACACAUCGCCUAAUGGCUUUAAGAAUUGGGACUUCAUGUCUGUCCAUACAUGGGGAGAGAAUCCUGUAGGCACCUGGACUUUGAGAAUUACAGAUAUGUCUGGAAGAAUGCAAAAUGAAGGGAGAAUUGUGAACUGGAAGCUGAUCUUGCAUGGGACCUCUACUCAGCCAAACCACAUGAAACAGCCUCGUGUGUAUACAUCCUACAACACCGUCCAAAAUGACAGAAGAGGGGUGGAGAAGAUGGUGGACGUGGAGGAGGAGCAACCCACAAAAAAGAACCUAAAUGAGAACCCCYCGGUGUCCAAGAGCCCCAGCAGCAGCAGUGUGGGGGUAAGAAGAGAUGAACUGGCAGAGGGGGGGCCUUCUGAGGCCAUGCUGCGACUCUUACAAAGUGCUUUUAGCAAAAACCUACCUUCAGAGCAAUCACCAAAGAAGUCUCCAAGUGCAAAACUUAACAUUCCUUAUGAAAAUUUCUAUGAGGCCUUGGAAAAGUUGAAUAAACCUUCCCGACUUAAAGACUCUGAGGACAGUUUGUAUAAUGACUAUGUUGAUGUUUUCUACAACACAAAACCUUAUAAGCACAGAGACGACAGGCUGCUGCAAGCUCUGGUGGACAUUCUGAAUGAGGAAAAUUAAAAUAAGUAUGUGGUCCUGAGUUGGAAAUAUUCACACAUCUUCCUUUCCCUUAGAUUUUGCCUGYGUCUCAAGUGGUUGUUUUGGCAUUGAUUCCUAUGCUUAUAAUAUCCUUUAUGGUACCUUUUUCUUUGUCUCCCCACAUUGUAUAUUUAAAGGGGAUGAGCUCAAAUAGGAAAUCUAGCUUCCAGAAUUGAGGAUAGCUCUUUUAAAACAUGUCUUCCCUGCCAGCACAAGUGAAGUGUUGUAUUCUUUAGAGAAUUGACACAUGCCCCCAUGCCAGAUUAGAAUGACUCCUUGAGCCUGUCCAUUUCAUUUCUCACACACACAAAAAGGCAAAACCUGGGGAAUCCAUUCAUUAGAAAAGUAAUCUGCAAAAAUGAGGGAGGGAAAAAACUGUUUCUAUAGCUUGCUCUCUAUCCUUGUCAUGUGGUUCUUUGAAUUUUGCUGCCAAGGAAACAUUCAGAAAGCAGUUAAUGAAUGAGUUACAAUUAGGCCCAUAGCUUAGGUCUAUCUACUCCCAAAUACAAUGCAUACCAGGAGGGAUGAUCUGGUCAUUKUAGGAAAUGGAUAGGUUUUCUUAGGCCCAGAAAGUGACUCUGGAAUGUGUAUCAUGUGUUUAGAAUGGUUCUGGAGCAUUGCUCUUUGCUUGAUGUGCCACAUAGAGGUCUCUGUGGAUCAAAAGGUGACUGUGACUCAUGCUGUGUGCCAUGGUCUUUCUCUGUUUCUCCUCCUUCUUCAACUUUUUCAUAUUUGUUUCCUUUCUCAGCCACAAACUCAGUAUUCAGAGGAUUAAUUUACACCAUUU